AUGUAUUGUGACGUCACAAUGAGUACCGAUGUCUCAAGCACCUGCACCACCAACCACAAAUGCCUGUCUGCCUCCACAAGGGGGGUGACCUCCGAAAAGGCCUUGGACCAGGAGGUGGCAUUUGGGGAGCAUGAACUGGUCAUCAGGGGAACAUGUCUGGUCCUGCCCAUGGACGACCCCCCCUGA